UAUCGCUCGAUAAUGACAGACGCGCCUCUACAGGCAGCUUCCGGCGGGCAUCAACAGGAAAAUACGCUUUCAAAAGCAUUUUUAUCCAGAUUCACAGUAAUGGACAUACAUAUCACCCCCUUUUGAGAACUGCCUGUUACGCGUCGGCACUUCGACAAUCUCGAAUGAUGUGAUUUUAUUUCUAUCCGAGACGGGAGCGACUCUGGACCCGAAGGUGUUUGCUGAAAUCUACUCGUAGUGAAAUUUCUUGGCAGGCAUGUCGCUGAGUGGACCGCAAGUCGACAUGGACCACAGCUCAUCUGGAAAUAAUCCUUCUGUCCAGGUAGUACACCGGCCACAUUGUUCGCCAGGAAGGAGAACAUGCCGACUUUCCGUACUGGGCUGCACAUACGAGGGCACGCAGGACGACCUCGAGCGCCACGAAACGCUGGAGAGCCACAUGAACUUCAUCCUCACCUACACAGAAAAAGCUAAUGGCUCCAUGGAGACUCUCCGGCAAGCGCUCACCGAGAGCACACAGCAGAACCUGGAGUUGCAAAGUAGCCUGAACGCCAUUAAGGAACAGAUGACGGAUGUGCUCAGAGAACAGCACAAUCUUCAAGAACAAGUCCGUGUGCUCGCGUCACGGGUGCACGAUGGUCAGCAAGAGUGCCAAAGGAUGGCGGAAAGCGUAGACGUCAGGCUGGAGGAGAUGCUGUCGCGGUCCUGGCAGCAAGGCAAGUUCGUGUGGUACAUCAAGCCCUUCAGCGUUCUGCGGAGGCAGCAGGAAAACGGCGAGAUUGCACGCGUUGUCAGCGCGCCCUUCUACACGGCCGUCCCCGGCUACAAGUUGCGCCUGAUGGCCGACCUCAACGGCUACGGGGAGGGACGCGGAAGCCACCUGUCUCUAUUCCUGCAGGUAAUGCAAGGAAAAUUUGACUGCGUGCUCGACUGGCCAUGCAAGUACGAGCACGUGCUGCGCGUGGUGGACCAGACGGGGCGCGGCAUGCACCUGGACCGGCAGCACUCGUUCCGCAGCAUCCCGUCCAAGAGCAAGCACCUGAUGGGGCGGCCCGUCAACGAGUGCAACGUGCCCAUUGGCUUCCACACCAUGGCGCCCCUAUCCGAGCUGCACAACGAGCGCUCCGGCUUUCUCCGCAACGACACGCUCGUCAUCGUUUACCGCUUCAGGAUAUGAGUGCUCCGCCGUAGAGUGCCACCACGCUGACGAACAUCACCGCGCCUCGUUGAGAACGGGGCUUUGCAAGCAGCGCUCUCGCCCCCUGCCGGAUGUUCCUGUGAUGACGCAGACUAAAGGCCGCUUUCGGCUUAUUCACUGACUGGUAAUUCUCGCCGUGAACUGUACGCAGCUAGCGCGCGAAGCAUUAACUCCAACGGAUGGGCUCGGCGCCUUUGCAGCGAUGACAGGCUUAGCGGCAGGAAGUGGGGACAAUGCGAACCCCACAAGGGACAUAGCAAAGCGACAUCCAGCACUGCAUCGCUUACCGUGCUUCUGUUGAAAGUCAAAAUCACCUUACUCAUGGCUACAAUGGUGCUGUGCACUAAGUGUUGAGUUUUGCCCUGUUGUUGAAAAAAGAGUGAGUUUUUUUCUGUCGGCAUAAAUUGAAACGCAAACAGAUUGUAACAAAUGGAAGCGUGUUCUUGCAUUUCGGGUGUUCGCCAGUUCGUGUUUAUAGGCGAUGUUCAUGCUGUGAUACCGAGUUUAGAAGCUAUACGGUCGGUGUAGAGGCACGUUAUAAGUUAUGACCCUAUAGUACCGCAGGGCAGCUGCUAGCCCGUUUGAAGUGUGAGUUUAUGUUUGCACUUCAAAAAUAAUAAUCGUCAUGGUGGCGGUACCACUGAUUUUUAUGAUACGCUGCAUUUGUAGAAAAUCAUGCUACAAAAGCAUUUCUCUUUCGUGUUUCAAUGCAUGGUGGUGCUGGAGAAUAGGUAAAAAUAGAAAAAACAGGACAAAUUAUAAUGUUGCAAGCAAUAAACUUCCAUAAAUGUAGUAAGGCUCGUCAUGGGUUGUGUGGUCGACAUUCAGCCGUCCUGUGAGUGUGGACAACUCCGAACACCGUCUCUCAUAAGGACAUUCUGCCUCCUAUAGUUUUGAUACGAAGGGAGUAGAUGCAGUUAGAAUAGCUCGGCGUGAUCCUCGGGUGUAUAUCUUGUGCUGUGGCUGAGGACGUAAUCGGCAUGCUCAAAUUAGAGCACCAGGCACCGAAUUCGCAAAGCUUUUAGUUCGUAAGUGUUUAUUGCCAGUGGCCGGCCGGCUUCGCUUAUUAUGUGUCCAGCCAACGCCUCCUUUAAAAAGAUGCCUGCCGCGUGCGCCGAAAACCUGCUGCCCUUACCUUUCCCCUUUUCCUCCUUUUUACUCGAGGCGGUAGCUAGCGAUCGUUGCGGUGGUCGCUUGCAACACAUGCGCGCAUGCGCACAUCACCGCAUGGCAGCGCGGCCGGCGCGGCCGCCGCUACCGCCGCGACACCACACCACCCCAGUCCCCUUGGCGGAGAUAGGGACGUAAGUGGCGCCAUCUCUUGACAACUGACCGCAACUCAAGGCGCGACGGCUACAAUGGGUAAGCGAGCGACGCCGCAGGCAUCUUUCUAGAGGAGGCGUUGGUCCAGCAUCAGCAUUGGCUGAAUUUUUCUCUUACGAACAAUUCUAGCAUAAAAGCUCUUUCUGAAUACGGGCCCUCGUUCUUAAGAGCUCUUUGCCAUUGGAUGGACGCCUGCGCUAGUUGUAUGUCCGGCCUCAGGAUUGGCAGGAAUAUUUUUUUUCUUCCGAACUAUUCUUGAGCUAGAGGUUUUUGUGAAUGCGGGCUGACGUCCCGGAUUUGCUUAGCCAUUCGUAGGCCAAUGACAAACAAUUGUUAUAGCAGCGCGACAAGAAAGCUUAGUGAGUCCGAGUUUUGUAUCUUGCGCACGGAGGUUGUGUACAGCAUUGUGCAGUGCUGCCAAUGGGUGUGUGAUGUCAUUUUCUGCGCGUUACUGAACAGCUCUGCUUCACUGGGAGAACGAAGUCACAUCAAGACUGUCUCACCUUUCUAUGGAAACACACUUCCCAGUAUAUCAUACCACCGUUAUACGGGUGCCUUCUAGCGCGCUUGAGUGAGUAGCUAUUGAACUCUAAUGCAUAUCGAGUGUGCUAAACAAUAAUUUUUCAAGCAUGGUUGGAUUCGAUACUGCUAAACGUAACCUCACUUCGUCAAUAAUGAUCCAAAUCACGAUCGAAGGCUGCUGGUGCAACGCUCAAGCUGAUUCAGCUGUAUUAGACGCAAAACAAAAACCAAAAAAUUGCAAAAAAAAUCCUCAAAGCAAUAAACACAAAGAAAAAAGAACGUUUCAAAAUAUUUUUGCUUAAUACAACGCUUGUAUUUGCAAAUCCAUGCAUAGAUGUAGAGUAGUUAGUCAAGAUCGAUUUAGUAAAACCCUACGCAUGCAACUCAAUGCAUUGCAAAAUUCCGGUGAACGUCGAUGUUACUGCGAUUAGCAUUGCAGCAGUGCAGCGACAAACUGCACUGCUGCAGACGCCUUUAUUUACAAUCUGCAGUCGGCGAAGUAGGCUAAGAAUGGUAAUCGCAUUAAUACACGCAUGCGCCGCAGCGCCACCACAGACAAAGCGUGUACACCUUCGGACGCUACAAAGACACGCUACGCCUCCUGACGAUUCAAGUCUCCACCCCCGCGGCCACUCGUGGUACAGCGUGCUAAAGUUUCGGGUACUUGAGAAACUCGUCUGAAGCAAGCUCGAUUCCUUCCAGCGCCGGAGAUAAAGUUUUUUUUUUUUCAUUGAAGGUCGGGCAAAACGGUUAGACAGAAAUGGACACACCCACUGAAAAAUGGACGAAGUAUCCUGAGAAAGCAUACACAUAUAGCAGAAAGGAAUAAUUGGCACACGUAAUAAGCAGCGUCUUUACUGGCGUUUCGACCGCAGCACUGUCUUCGUCAGAGUAUGUACACUAGCCGGUAGAUUUCAGGGCCCGUAUUCACAAAAGGUUCUUAGCUAAAUCGGUUCGUGAUAGCGUGCGCCCGGCCACUUGUCAGUGAAACUAAACCAUGAGUGACGGCGCUCGCCCGAUGGCAAACAGCUCCUAAAACGAAAUGCUACGUGAAUUCGACCCCUGUUUUCACCGCAUCGACAGCAUUGAAUGACGUCUUGUACUAGGAAAAUCAGUCGCCUCCACGAUCUAGAUGAGCAUUCAGCUGGACUGUGUAGUACAGCCUUUCAAUCCCGCUCGAAAACGUUGGUCCAUACCGACCGACUUUUAGGAGUAUCAAUAUUGCCCAUGCAUACGGGGUUAUUACAGAGCUUUGUGCACGUGAAAUCGAAAAUCUAACACUUUUGAAGGCUCGGAAAUGCUCACGUGCAUACGGUCCGGCCCCGCAAUAUCAUCCUCGUUUGACGAUUUUUUUUUUAAAUUCAGUCAGUAUUUUGUAUAGAGUCGCGACGAGACAUUACGUGUGCUAGUACUUUUAGGCAGGCAAACAUAGAGAACGCUAAUUUUCACCGAAGCUAAAUACCGAACAGAGCUCAAUAUACCAAAGGGAGAUGUUCUUUAGCAGAGAUCUCUAACAUCCCUAUAGAUCUUUAUAGGAAUCUCUAGGGAUGCUAAGGAUCUCUAGAGGGAUCCCUGUAGAUGCCUAGCAGAUGCGUGUUUUAUUAAGCGCAGCUGCCAUCGUAUGUCGCAAAUAGCCACCAAUUUCGUUUGCCCCGCCUCGUUAAGUACUUUUCCGCACUCUUUCAUCAGUAACAGAGCAUACAUGAGCUAAACGAGCACAGCGACGUACAGCCAAGUGCGAUCAGUCGGGGUGUGCAAAUAUUCGAAAUUUUGAAUACUAGUCUUUGAAUUUUGAAAUUUUGAAUACCAGAAGAGAGCCGUGGUAGUUGCACAAUUGCACCACUCCCUGAGCGAACACGGUGCGGAUAACUUCUGCUCAGUAAGUUUCAGUCAUUCGAUAAGCAUGUCUCGCUUUUAGGCAGGCAACUAUUACACAAAUGUUAUCUCGUUUUAGGCAAAGAUAUUUUGAGCGGACUUGCUAGCGAUAUUGCAAGCGCGUAUCAAACGACGCAAAGAGCCUCGUCUUUCUCUAAGUGGACUUUGUGCAAACUUUGUUUAACUUUGUAUAGAACUGAGAAAAUAACUAAUAUCCUAUGCGAUAUUCGGGUGUUAGUUUGCUUGAACACAGAUAUUCGAUUCGAUUCGGUAAUGCCAUUAUUCGAACACCUCUAGUAAUUCGUAUCAUUCUGGAAAAUUGGCAAAUCAUCUCUAGAUUAGGCAAAUCAGACAACCUUUCUUCCUUUUCUUUUUUCAAUGUCAACAUGCAUUAUGAGUUCGGAAAUGUCAAAAUAAAUGCACCAUGUACUGGCGUUGUACUAACAGUGUAUGCUAUAGGAUGUAUUCUCUGUUGUCGGUGCUGCUCAACUGGAAAAAAUGCCUAAAUGUUUUCAAAGAAAAAGGGAAAAACAAGAUUCUCUUAGUGACAGUCUCCUAAUGUUCUGCGCACUUGACUCGCACUUGUGUUUCACGUUUUACAUGAAUAUUAGCAACCUAAUUUCGUGAGCAACCAGCGUUUCUCGAAGAAAGGGCGUCCACAACCGACAUAGUUUUUUUUUCGUUUUUUUUUUCAUCGCACCAUAGCAAUGUUAGCCGACCUGUUCUGGGUUCGCCACGACUUUCUCUUAAUUUCGUAUUUAUUUUUUUCCAAUAAUUCAAAGACUAAACCUUCUUUUGUGUAUUAUGUGCUAAACAAUUUCGUAAGCUCAAAGCAUAGCAUGGAAUUUUCUAUCUUUUUUUUAAUUAUAGCAGCACAGUGCUUGACUUUGGCAAUAUUAUUUUUCACCUCUUGUACACCGAGAUACGAUAGCAACGUAGAGCUGAUCACAAACCAACGAUUAUCAAUCUGCAGGGCGAAGCCUACCACGUUCGUCAGGAACAACGCAUGAACGCAUAGAAAAUUGUUUUGCAUAAAUGGAACAGUGAACGGAGACAAUGCUUUCCAAAAUUGCAAUUUCAUGGUAUAUUUUUACAGACUCAUUGUACACUUAAAGUCGUCACUAAGCGGAAGUUCAGCAUCUUAUUUGUUCGCGCUGUCAUUACUUUAGAAAAUAAACAACUGUGAUUUGACUUUGGUGAUGUUCCCUGGUUACCUAGAUAGGCUUUAUGGAAACAGGGCCAGUAAAUAAUGGAAGGGUUCUUCUC